UUAUAAUUUGUAAAUAAUAUUUUAGCGUAUUAUGCGUAUUAUCACUAAGAUUGGCUAUAAAAGAAUACGGAAUAUUGUCUUUACCAGGACAAGAGUCUUUAAGAUUAGCAAGGAUUCCUUUUAGCUCAUGCAUAGAAAAUGGAGAAUUUAAACCGGAAUUAUUUUGAUACGGUGAAAGUAUUAAUAACUCUUUUACUGAUGAUGGAACUAAGUUAUCCAUGAACUUUUCGGCUAAAUCUAAAGAUAGACUACAGAUAGAUGGUUCAGCAAAAGCCGAGCGAAAUCUACGUAUGUUACGCCAAACUAUAGAUGGAUGGGUUUGAGGACAAACUGAAGCACAAAAAUUUUUCCAGGAUUCAGACUUUUUCCUCUUUAAUGCUUUUUUUACUUCGGAUGUAACCCUUAAUAGAACUGCAAAGUUUUCCGUGGUCAUAUUUUCGCAAUAUUGGCGCUCAGCUUUCUUUCUCCGGGAAAUCUCCAAAGUACAAUCUCUGUCCCACCAGGGUGGGAAGGGUAUUAAAUUACUACUAGAUUUUUUAAUAGGAAAUAAGCUAUCAGCAACUUCAAUCAUACAUCUAGCCAAAGCUGUAGAGCAUUCAUCUUCAUUACCAUUUUCCAAGAUAGGUAGUGUUGAAAAUUUUUCUUCCACUUGGUUUUUGUAUACAGAAAAAUUUACAUUAUGAAGUUUAUAUUUAUGAAAUGUUUUUAUCUUAACAGAUUUUUUAUUUGCAAAUGGAAAGGUUAUUAUUAUUGGAAAAUGAUCACUUCCAAAAGAUGAGGUGAGAGGAUGCCAGAGUAAGGAUGAUGCAAGGCUAGGUGUACAAAUUGAGAGGUCAACAGCACUAAUAAAAUCUGUAGGGCUAGUAAGACGGGUAGGAAUACCAGUGUUAAGUAAACACAAAUUGUUUUUGUCCAAUAUGUCCAUCAGUUGCUCUCCUACAUUAUUUGUAAUUGAACUGCCCCAAGACUGGUGAUGACAGUUGAAAUCACCAAGCACUAUAAAUGGUUUUGGAAGUUGAGAUAGAAGGUUAUUGAUUUCAAUCAAAAUAGAUGUAGUUGGGUGAGGUACAUAUAUUGACAUAAAACAGAUAUUAUUGACAAUUGCAGCAAUGGCAGAGUAUUCGCUACAAGGUGCAGGUAAUGAAAAAAGUCUAUAUUGGUAAAAAUCCUUUAUCAAUAGAGCAACGCCCCCAUGGCCAUCUGCUCUAUCUUGUCUUAAUCAAUAAUAUCCUGGUAUUUUGAAAUAAAAUCCUAAUUUUAACCAGGUUUCUGAAAGUGUUAUAAUAAAUGGAUUGUAUGUAUUUAUUAAGUAAAUAAGAUCAGUUUUCUUGUUAUUGAUGAUGCGGCAAUUCCAUUGAAUUAUUUUGGUCAAUUGAGCCAUGAUUUGGGUUUGUAAUUUUAUUAAUAAGAUCUAGUAAAGGAGCAACAUGGGACGGUUCAUAAUUAUUAAAUUGAGUUAAAAAAUUUAUUAGAGGGUCAAUUACAUCUGUAAUUGUCAAAUUUGAAUUCCUGUUAAAUUCAUGUUCAAUAGCAGUACCAUUACCACUAUUGUUGGGCAUAUCAUAAUCUUUGAUCAUAUUCAUAUGUUCUGCUUGAUUAAACCCCAUAUGAAAAGUAGGUGAACGAAAUUUAGGUUUCAUGAAGACGGUUUUUUAUAAGAAUUGUUAUGUUGAGUUGCAUUAUUAAUUGGUGUAGUUUUAAAAUUAGAGGAUGCCUUAGUUGGCUGGGAUGUUAGUACUUCAGAAUAAGAUUUAUUUACAGAAGGAUGUAAUUUUGCUGCCUCAAAAUAAGAAGUAUUAUCAUUUGCCAUAGUCACUUUUAUACGCCUUUGUCUUUCAUAUUCAGGACAAAUUCGUUUAUUAGCAAAGUGGGAACCAGAACAAUUACAACAAUGUGCAUCUUCCUCAACUGAACAUGUAUCACCAGUAUGAUCCUGGCCACACUUAAAGCAGCGAGGUUUAGACCUGCACUGCAGUUUAGUGUGCCCAAAACGACAGCAGUUAAAACAUUGGACUGUUGGAUAUAUAUAGCGGUCUACAACUAAUGCAUUAUAACAUAAAAAUACACGUGAAGGAAGUACUUGGCCAUCAAAGGUAAUAACUACUGACUGGGGAGGUUUCCAUGUUACAGUAUUAUCAAUAAAAACUUUAUGAUUAAUACGUCUUAUUUUGAUUAUCUCCCCGCAGCCUACAGGAAGAGUGAUUUUUUCUUUUAUUUCUUCAGGAGUCCAAUCUUGUGGAACUCCACGCACAAGACCCAUUCGGGUUAUGUUGAAAGAAGGAACAAAAGCUUUAUAAUUAUUAUCAUGUUAUCUUGUAUCACAUAAGAAAUGAUUAGCAGCUUCAAAUUUAUUAAAAGCUAGGACAAUUCGGUUUCUCCCAAUUUUUUUAACACUGCCAUCUACUAUGGAUUGAAAGUUAUUUUUUUUAAGAAAAUAUCCAAAAUUCACGGGGUGUAGGGUGGAAGAGUCAUUAAAAGCUGUCUGCUCACGCUGGACAUGCACAAUGAAAGGAGGAAAAUCAUUUUUGGCAUAAAAUUUACGACUAUUCACAGGACUACUCACUUCAAGUUGAGGCUGAUUUAAAAUGCUAUUCGCGUUUAAUGGGGGUGCAGUAUGAGGGGUCGUUUGUUUAUUAUCAGUAAUUGCAGAUUCGAUAGAACUUUCAGAUUCACAAAGACAUCCUACAUUCUUUCCCGCCAUUUUGUUUUUCCGCUUUUUCUUAUUACAAUUUUUACAUAUUUUAACAGAUUUACUCCUUUUCCUAGUCGGCGGAGCAGACCAAUCUACAAUAGUAUUGACUGUUUGGUCAGUAUCUACACUAGAUUCACCUUGACUCAUAACAGUAACAUUAUAAGCGACAGAGGGAACCGCAAAUUGUCCUGUAUUAGAAGUGGAACCCCCUGGGUCAGGGGGUUCGUUCAUUGUAAAAAUUAUUUAAACGACUUACCAGGCGAUGAAGUUACUAAAAAUACACUACACAAAUAUAAAUAUACAAUUAAAUAUAAUUACGCUACUCAACUGGUUGAAAAACUAAUAAUUUUUAAUAAAAUUAAUUUCAAAAGGUAAAAACGCGCCCCCCUACUUCAACGUUUCCCGCCUUUUCAACAUAAGGUUCAAAAUCAUUUAGAGAAAUUUGACAGCUGAACUACGGAUGUCAGUUUUCUCUAGGUUUACGAAGGUGGAUUGGUAAUUCUAUUACGACUGGUACAUUAAUAUUUCCUUUAAAUUUUUAAUUAAAAUCUUUUAGGUGCAAUUAACUUUAUUUUGUUUUUGAAUUUUUUUACUUCAUAAAUUAUUUAUUUAGCGUCAUUUUAUCAAGAAAUGAUACUAAUAUAUGGAAUUGAUUGUCAUUGAUGAACACACUGUUUUUUUUUAUUGAUGUCCCUAUAAACUCUACAUGAAGUAAAUUACGUAAAUUUAGUAUAAUUUAUAUUAUUGUAGGAAAAAGUGUUGAUACCGUCUGUUAUUUAAGUUAAAAUGUUGGCUAUCAAGGCAUUGGGAGCUUCUGCUCCCAGCACCGUUCUUUCGAUUGUAAAAAAGGGUGCAUUUGCACCAAUCGUAGAUCAGAUCCGUCAGACACACCUUCCUGCACCAAGCCCAACAGAAAAGCGCCCAUACUCUCCUUUCCAAGAUACUUCUAAUAUGGCAGAAUAUGCUGUAGCACGUCUCGAUGAUUUAUUGAAUUGGGGAAGAAAAGGAUCUAUGUGGCCAAUGACAUUUGGUUUAGCAUGUUGUGCUGUAGAAAUGAUGCACUUUGCUGCUCCUAGAUAUGAUAUGGAUAGGUAUGGUGUAGUUUUUCGAGCAUCUCCUCGCCAGUCAGAUGUCAUGAUAGUAGCUGGCACCUUAACUAAUAAGAUGGCUCCAGCUCUCCGGAAAGUGUAUGAUCAAAUGCCAGAUCCCCGAUGGGUUAUAUCUAUGGGUAGUUGUGCUAAUGGUGGUGGAUAUUAUCAUUAUUCUUACUCAGUUGUAAGGGGUUGUGAUCGAAUAGUGCCUGUAGACAUAUAUGUUCCUGGGUGCCCCCCAACAGCAGAAGCUCUACUUUAUGGUGUUCUACAGCUUCAGAAAAAAGUGAAGAGAAUGAAAACAAUCCAGAUUUGGUACAGAAAGUAAAUCAUCAUGAAUAAAUCAUUAUAUGUAGUACCUAGAAGAUUAUUUAUUUACUUUUUCUCUAACUCAUAAUAGUCAAAAUAAUUUUUUCAAUAUAUAAUUAUUGUGUGUGCGUACUUAAUUGUUUCAAUUACUUUGUUUUAACAUAUUUUAUGUAGGGAGGGUAUAGUCAAACAAGUUUUUUUUUAGAUUCUGAUCACAUUGUGACUCUGUGUAGCACACAGAAAAUUUGUAUAUGAAACCAGAUGCAGGUCAUUUAAUCGUCAUGUCUACCCCUGACAUUGAUUUAUGUUAUUUAAAAAGGGAAUAUAAAUUGGUGAACAACAUUGAACUAAAUAACGCACAGUUUAGUUUUCAUAAGGGUGUCUCAAUGGAUUUUGCCAUAUUACCGCUCAAGCACACUGUCAGUUAUUAUAACAAAAGAGAAACUACAGUCUAUGCGUGCUUUCUAGAUCUGAGCCGUGCUUUCGAUCUUGUUAAUUAUAAAUUAUUACUUUGCCAUAAACUAACAGAGACCACGAUGUCACCCACUGUUGUGAACCUGUUGAGACACUGGUACGAAAACCAAACUAACACUGUAAGAUGCGCGACAUCUAAUAAGUUUAGAUUAGACUGCGGUGUUUGUCAAGGAGGAUUGACGUCUCCGGACAUUUUUAAUCUGUAUGUCAAUGGAUUGAUUGAGAGACUCUGAGGAGUCAGGGUUGGCUGCCAUGUUGGUAACGUAUGUGUUAACAACCUGAGCUACGCCGACGAUAUGGUUCAUCCGAAUACCUCGAUUAAUGGACUCCAAAAGCUGCUUUCAAUAUGUGAGUCCUAUGCAGGUGAACAUGGAUUGAAAUAUAAUAUAGCUAAAACUGAAGUCGUUGUUUUUCGGUCCGGUAAACGUUCCACCAGUGUGGCUGUAUGGUUCGCCAAUUGGGGUUGUAACUAGGUUCAGAUAUCCAGGUCAUAUAUUGAUCAGGGAAUGGGUGGACAGGGGGAGGGGGACGCUUACCUUUCGAUUGGUGCAGGUACUAUCCAGGCACGGAUGCUUCGGAAAGUAUCUGCACCGGAUCCAGAGGGAGGCGGACCUUUCAUGCAACGAGUGCGGCGAUGUCGAGGACACGGCGUAGCACACUCUAGAGGUCUGCUCAGCGUGGACUCGGUAGUGCAAGUUUUUUUUUUAAACUUCCCAAACUUCAAAGUGAGUUAUCACAAGAUGAGAGAAUUUCAGACCCGGAAUCCUAUUUCAAAGUCAAUCUAUAUUAUUGCUGUUUACGUAUAUUAAUUUCUAAAACUAAACAAAGAUUUCAGAGCCUGCGACCUGAGUAGUAUGUUCGAAAUAUUACAACCUGAGAAACUCCUGCCUUCUCCAAGCAAAGAGAUAUUAACCGCUUCCGAAAAAGUGUCGAUUGAAUACACUAAAGACAUCGCAGUUAAUCCUUAUGACCAAUUUAAGGCUCUAAAAACAUGCCUAAAAUCUGAAAUUCAUUCCAUUAAGGAACUCGUUGAAUUAUCGCUGAUAAAAUUCAAUAGUCUUGCAUCCAGUUUUCCGGAGGUAAUAACAGCAUGCUAUUCAUUUCUAGUUAGGUAAAAUCGCAACUGCUGAAAGAAGUUUUUCAAAAUUAAUACUGAUAAAAAAUUACCUAAGAACUUCGAUGGGACAUGCAUGAACGUCUGUCAGACUAAUCACUAUUGUCCAUAGAAGCAGAAACUUUAGAAAAACAAGUCAUCAUCAGUUAUACACGUUUCUUUAAUGUGUUGCAAGUCCAAUACAAUGACGUCUUUCGCAUCCUGCUGAAAAACCCGCGAUAUUGUAGUGCGAAGGAAAUGUUUGCUAAAGCAAAUGUUCCCGAUUUUUUGUUUUCUCAGAUCAGUUCUGGGAAAGGCUCCGUGAAAGUGGGAACUCCAUUCUCCGCAACAUCCACGAUGACGUGGACAAUGUAUUUUUUAAGCAUUGGACUAAAUUACAUCGUUUUGGAAAUGACAGUCUGAAAUAAACAUUCAGAUAUUUCUAUUUUGAUUUUUAGAUAAUUUUAGUAUUGAUAUUAUUAUAAUAUUUAAAAGUACUUUUUUAUUAUUAUUAUUUUGACAAUUUUGUCAUUAAGGGUCUUUCGUCUGAAAUAAAGAAAUUAUUAUAUACAGUUUUACGAAUAAAAAGUGUUGCCGUGGCAUUUGUUAUUUGAUAUAAAGCGAAUUGUGGUCAUGCACCACAAUCAGUGCCGUCUUUGACCUAUUGGAGGCUCUGGGCAUAUUAGGAUAAUGGGGGCCCUUUGACCCCCGACAAGGUGAUCUAACAAGAACUAGGGACUUUGUAUUUGUGAUCUGAGGUGUCCACCUAUCUAUCACGGGGCCCUGGAGACCUAAAAAGGUCAUAUUGUGCAAUAUUGCUAAAAGUAAUUCAUCUACA